AUGGACUUUCCACAACAUUCGCAGCAGCUGUUGUCUGCUCUGCGCUCCCAGCGCCAACGUGGAUUCCUCUGUGACUGCACUGUGCUGGUGGGGAACUCGCGCUUUGUGGCUCACCGUGCAGUACUGGCCUCAUUGAAGGAGCAAGUCCUUGUAGCACCACAGAGACACAAAGCCAACAACCUUCCUCGUCCUCUCCAUUGA